AGGAAUCCUGAUUAAAAAAGCUCAGCCGAGGUGAAGCACAGAUUCUCGAACGUGCAGAGGAGUCUCGAUAUGACCCCGGGUGAAAAGAUCGAGUUAUCUCAAGGAGUUGAAGACACGGCGACAGAGAAAUACGAGAAGUUUUUAGAACCAGAAACGUUAGAAGUAAAAGUUUUCAAAAGACGUUGGCUCCAACUCUUCCUUUUCGUACUUUAUAGUGCGUCAAACGGUCUUCAGUGGCUUCAGUACACCAUCAUCACGAAUAUAAUAUGCCGGUACUACAACGUUUCGCGAAUCACAGUCGCUUUGACGACUGUGGUCCUGAUGGUCUCCUACAUGCUGCUCCUGGUCCCGACCUCAUACCUUAUAAAUCGUGUGGGUUUAAGGUGGACGGUUCUGAUUGGAGCCACGGUCACUUGUCUGGGAUCAUGGAUCAAAGUCUUUUCCGCAGCCCCGGAUCGCUUCGCGGUAACCUUGAUGGGCCAAUGCGUGGUUGCUGUGAGUCAGAGCUUCCUGUGUCCUGUACCGGGUAAACUGGCUGCAUGCUGGUUUGGGAAGGACCAGGUGGCCAUGGCGACUGCCAUUGGGUACCAUGGUAUCUGCUGUGGCAUCUUUACCUGCUUCCUUGGGAUUCCUUUGAUCGUAAAGAACCACGAAAGGCUCGAUGACAUCGGGAACGAUUUGUCCUUGGUUUAUUGGAUAGUCGCAAUAUACUGCACCGUCGUUCUUCUGGCCGUGUUCCUUCUUUUUCAGGACGAACCCCCUUUGCCACCAAGCGAGUCUAGGGCGCUUCAAAAAAUCAAGCGUGAAGCUUCUCCGGAGGGAUUUUUACCGCCGUUGAAGAGGGUGCUCGGGAACAGGAACUAUCUUGUUUUAUGGCUCGCUUGGGGGCUUGAUACGACUCUUUUGAACACCGCGGCGACAUUUUGCAACCCAUUUCUAGUCACUCGUUUCAAGAACGUUGAUGCGGAGCUUGGGAAACUCGAGCUGUUGUUCAGCAUCAUGGGACUGAUUGGAUCGGUGAUCGUCGCUUCGAUACUUGACAAGACAAAGAAAUUCAGAAUCAUUUUUAACGCCACGAGCGCUAUGGCGCUGCUUUGGGGUAUUUUAUAUGGUUUAAGUUUUUACUUGGAGAACAAAGUUAUGGUGUUCAUAUCCGGCGGGAUUCUUGCGACUUCUCUUGGUAGCUACUGCGUCGUUGCAAUGGAAAUGUGCGUCGAAGCUACUUACCCGGAAUCCGAAGCUGUUGUAACCGGGAUUUUGACCAUGUCUAGUCAGAUAAACGGAAUUUGGAUAGUUCUAGUUACUAGCAAGGUACUGGAGGAUUACGGUGAUAUGGCGGCGCACGCGAUUUUAUGCAGUGCACUUGCCUUGGCAACUCUAUUGACGAUUUUUCACAAACCGGAACUUCGUCGGCAAAGAGUCCAGAAACAUGCUCUUAGGUGUAAAAUGAAUUCUGCCCAAUGAGCAUCUGACGAAUCCUGUAGAGAAGUUGAAACGUGGAAUGAAUUAUCGUUCAGUCUAAA